AUGCUAAUGAUCUCUGCAUGGGAUGCUUUCGUAUUCCACCCUAUCAGCUUCGGCGUAGAAACUACGUACACAGAUUGGAACACUGAAAUGCCUACGAUAGCAAUCUGCGAAAAGGAGAGUGAACUCAAAGUUUUUGCCUUUGCUGAUACGUAUUGGCCACCGGAUCAUUCUCCCGACCUCGAAGAUGCUCUGAAAGAAAUUGUUUUCUUCCGAGGCUCUUGUAAUGCUCUGCUGACAAAUUGCUAUACGCCAAAGUCGCCAGAUCCCAUUUGCCCUUUAUCCAAUUACAUGCAGACGACGAUCGAACAACGAGCAUGCCGUUUCUACACGGAGAAUCAGCAAGUAUUUUAUCCCUUUUACUCAUAUAGCGGAUGCGUGGUGGAGUGCCGCAAAAAAGCACAAAUGGAGAAUUGUCAAUGCAUGGAUCAUCUGAUGCCAGGCGCUACGGAAAAAGAGCGUUGUAAUAUAACGGGUCUAGCCUGUCUUCAUUCAAAGAAAGCUUAUCUCACGACUCUCAAACCUCCUUGGCGUAAGACCCCGGGGCUGGUAUGCAAUUGUCUGCCUUCAUGCAAUGAAAAUGAGAUCACAGUCGUCAAGGACGUACACAUUAAAAUGUCUUUGAAAGUCCACAUGCUCCAUGCUCAUUUGGAUAAAUUUAAAGACAACUUAGGUGCAUAUUCAGAAGAGCAAGGGGAACGUUUCCACCAGGAUGUAAUGAACUUUGAAAAACGUUAUCAAGGACAAUAUAAUGAAAACAUGAUGGUAUACGUGGGUGGAACCGCAGGCUUGUUCGUCGGUGCCAGUAUAUUAAGCUUCGUAGAAUUCAUAUUUUUCUUUACUAUUCGUUUGGGUAGCAAUUUCCUGAUGGAUUGGCAAAAACGUAAAUCUAAGCAGAGUAUUCUAGUCAAGCCUAAAACAGAGGAUAUAGGAAAAUCUUUAAAUGUAUCCAGCUUAAUACACAGCUUCUAUGAUGAGUAA